CGCGGGGCUUUCAGGGAGUCGGCACCUUUACCUCUCGCGCGUUUUGGGUCAUUGAUUUGCGAAGUUCCGUUGAGCCCGGCGAAUACUGAAACGCUGGGGUCGUGGACCCCCGCCAGGUCGCAGCAGCACGGAGGUGCAGGGUGUCGUCGAGGGGGCGGGGCCGGGCGCCGGCAGCGGCGCGCUCUGCCCCGGGGCCCCGGCCGCUGCUCCGGGCCCAGCCCUGGCUCCAGCCCACGUCCCGGCCCCGGCCUCGCAGUUCACCCUGCUGGUGAUGCACCCCUGUGGGGGGCAGGACGAGGCUGCUUCCGACGGCGUCCUGAGGCAAGCGCCGGCCCUGGGCUGCAGCGCCGGAGCGGGCAAGCCUAUUAGAUACCUGUGCGAAGUGGCGGGCGAUGGCGAGGAGGAGGUGGGGGAGGACGAGGCCGACCUGCUGGACACCUCGGACCCCCCGGGGGGAGGCGAGAGCACAGCUAGUUUGGAGGACUUGGAGGACGAAGAGACCCAUUCCGGGGGCGAGGGCAGCAGCGGGGGAGCCCGGAGACGGGGCAGCGGUGGGGGCGGCAUGAGCAAGACCUGCACCUACGAGGGCUGCAGCGAAACCACGAGCCAGGUGGCCAAGCAGCGCAAGCCGUGGAUGUGCAAGAAGCACCGCAAUAAGAUGUACAAAGACAAGUACAAAAAGAAGAAAAGCGAUCAGGCUCUGAACUGCGGCGGGACCGCUCCGGCUGGCAGCGUGGGAAACGUCAAACUGGAGGAAAGUGCAGAUAACAUACUCUCCAUUGUAAAACAAAGAACCGGAUCUUUUGGCGAUCGUCCUGCAAAACCUACUCUUUUAGAACAAGUGUUAAACCAAAAAAGACUGUCAUUACUAAGAAGUCCAGAAGUGGUGCAGUUUUUACAGAAACAACAACAACUAUUAAAUCAGCAAGUUUUGGAGCAAAGACAGCAGCAGUUUCCAGGAACAUCAGUGUGAGGGAAUUUAUUAAGAAGAACUACAUGGUUUUUUAUUUUAUUGUAGUAGAUGA